AUGGAUGAUUCUUUUAACUGGACUGAGAUCUACAGACCCCAAAAUCAUCUCCACUGCAGAAUCACACGGAAGGACCAUUUCUUCAAAAAUGAGCAUCACAUAUGUACAGGGAUUUUUUUUCUAAUAGUAAUUCUGAGGCCUGAAGUGGACAAGAUGAGCUUAGGGAACCUCUUGCCUCCUCAGCAGCUCCGGCUCAUUGUAAUUGGGCUUUCUCUGCUGUCUUUGGCAGAGACAUAUGGGUUCAGUAAAUGUACACAGUAUGAAUUGGACAUUCACCAUGUGUUCUGCAUUCGGAAGAAGAUCAUCAACUUGACAGAUGCCAUUUGUGACAUCCCUGGAUACACUACUCAUCUCAACCUGACACAAAACCAAAUUCAAAUCCUUCCUCCUUAUUGCUUCACUAAUUUGUCUGCUCUGGUAGACUUGCGACUGGAGUGGAAUUCCAUUUGGAAGAUUGAGGAGAGGGCCUUUUGGGGACUUGAAAAUCUGACCUAUUUGAACUUAGUAGAAAAUAAGAUUCAAAGUGUGAACAACUCCUUUGAGGGCCUGUCCAACUUGGAGACUUUGCUCCUGAGCCAUAAUCAAAUUACCCAUAUUCACAAAAAUGCCUUUUUCCCUCUUGUCAAAUUGAAACAUUUAAGCUUAUCUAGAAACUCCAUUACCAAUUUUUCUAAUAUUCUUGAAGCUGUCCAGCAUCUUCAUCACCUGGAAUACCUUGAUCUUACUAACAAUAGCAUCGUUUCCUUGGACAACAGCCCCAGGUCAUUGGUCUCCCUGACCCAGCUGAGCCUGCAGGGGAACAAGCUGAAGGAAUUAAAUUUCUCUGCUUUGUCACUGCCUAAUCUGACCACUCUGGAUGUCUCUCAGAAUAGCGAUGGAAUCAUCCAGACUAGAGUCAUUCAGAAUGUGGCUCUAGAAACUCUGCCCCAACUGAGGAGAUUGAAUUUGAGUGGAACAUUGGUGAAACUAGAGAUGCUUCCAGCCAAACAUCUACAGAAUCUAAGGGAAAUGGACCUUAGUAACCGAGAGUUUAGAGGUGGUCAUCUAAAUUUGAACACAGUAUGUCACCUCCUCAGAAACUUGCCCUUAUUAGAGGUUUUGGUUUUUAGGAAAAAAGGCACUGAUGCAGGGGGCAUAAAGCACCUUGCCAACUGUACCAAACUUUUGUCUCUUGACCUGAGCCAAAACAAUAAUCUGGUUCACCUCAAUGACAGUGAGUUUGAUGCUAUGCCCAGCCUCCAAAGGCUGAAUUUAAAUAAGUGCCAACUUUCCUUUGUCAACAACAGGACCUGGAGUACCCUCCAGAACUUGACAGCCCUAGACCUCAGACACAACAAGUUUAACAGAUUUCCAGAUUUUGCAUUUUCACCCUUGAGGCACCUACAAUCUCUCUUUCUCUCUCGAAAUCCCAUCACAGAACUCAAUAAUAUGUCCUUCUAUGGGCUGUAUUCGUUGAAGGAACUCAACUUGGCUGGGUGCUGGAUAGUGAAAAUUGACAGUUACUCCUUCACUCAACUCCCAAAUUUAGAGAGUUUAGACCUUGGACGCAAUAAUAUUCGAACUCUAAAGACCAGAACUUUUCGGUUUCUAAAGAAACUCCAAGUUCUGAUUCUCUCCAACAACCGCCUGAAUGUUAUAGAGAAGAAUGCAUUUUCUGGCCUUACUUACCUCUGUAAACUUGACCUGGCAUACAAUAGCUUGUCAAGUUUUCGAGCAGGCCUUUUUUUGGGCCUUGAAAAUCUAGAAGUUUUGAAUCUCAGUUUUAAUAAAAUUACGUAUGAAACCACUAGGACCUUGAAAUGUCCUCCAUUUAUGAACCUCAAGUCUUUGAAACAACUCAACCUAGAAGGACAAAUACAUGGGAUUCAGGUUGUUCCAACCAACUUCUUCCAAGGGCUGAAUGGCUUGCAGGAGCUACUUUUAGGAAAAAAUCCCAUGGUAUUUUUGGACCAUCUCCAAUUUGACUCCUUGACUAAUCUCACAAAGUUGGAUAUCUCAGGCACAAAAUCUGGAGACCGAAGUCUCUAUUUAAAUACUUCCUUAUUCCAAAAACUCAAAGGACUAAAAAUGCUGCGCCUGGAAAACAACAACAUAGAGUCACUGACUCCUGGCAUGUUUUCUGGCUUAGAAAGUCUUCAGGUCUUCUCUUUAAGAUUCAACAACCUAAAAGUCGUUAAUCAAAGUCAUCUGGAAAAUCUGAAGUCUCUGAUGUACUUUGAUCUCUAUGGGAACAAACUUCAGUGCAACUGUGACAAUGUGUGGCUCAAGAACUGGUCAAUAAACACAGCAAAUGUGCAUAUUCCUUACCUCCGGAGCUAUCCUUGUCAGCAGCCAAAUACCCAGAGUUUGUUGAUAGAUUUUGAUGAUGCUAUGUGCAAUUUUGACCUGGGAAAGGUUUACUUCUUCUGUUCCUUCAGUCUGGUCCUCACAACCAUGGUCUUCUCUUGGUUCAGUGCCAAGAUGAUUUCAUCUUUACGGUAUGGGCUCUACAUAUUUCGAGCCUGGUACAUGGCCAAAUGGCAUAAGACAGAGAAGGAGUUCAUCUAUGAUGCCUUUGUCUCUUUCACUGCUACUGAUGAGCAGUGGGUAUAUGAAGAGCUUGUUCCAGCCCUAGAAGAAUGUGGCCAGCCCACCUUUAAGCUCUGUCUUCACCACCGGGACUUUGAACCAGGUACAGACAUCUUUGAAAACAUUCAGAAUGCCAUCAACACCAGCCGGAAAACUUUGUGUGUGGUCAGUAACCACUACCUGCACAGUGAAUGGUGCCAGCUUGAAGUACAGCUGGCCAGCAUCAAGAUGUUCUAUGAGCAUGAGGAUGUUAUCAUCUUGAUCUUCCUGGAAGAGAUCCCAAACUAUAAGUUAUCCAGUUACCACCGACUCAGGAAACUUGUGAAUAGGCAGACAUUUAUCACCUGGCCAGACAGUGCCCAUGAGAGGCCACUCUUCUGGGCUCGUAUUAGAAAUGCAUUGGGCAACAAAUCUGUGGAGAGAGACAAUACACAAUUAAUUGUGGUCCAAUGACUGGAAGUCUUUUUGAACUCAAAUUCAGUGUUGCCCAAGAUGUGUAUAAACUAAGAGUGUGACUGAACUUACCUGCUCUGCAGGGAAAAGGAUGUGAGCUGUUUAUGACCAUAAGACCCAGGAUCAUUUGGUUAAUAUCCGUCAGGCAAUUGGAAGAGUGAAGGGGGCUGCUUGAGGAAGCUUCAGAAACAGUGUCCCUAUUAUUAGCAGAUUAUAUAUCUGGAAAGUAUACCUGUUUUAUUAAGGGGAAGACUUGGCAGACAAGUCAUCUGAAAAGUCUGGGGAUUAGGAGAGCCCUCAUAUGCACUUGAGAACAUUGCUCAGCUUGUUUCUCCAAAUCAGUUCCUGUCAAGAUAGAUUGGACUGUACUCUUUCUAAGAACCUGUAACAACAGAAAUACCACAUACAGGACUCAAUAAAAACAAAACAAAACAAAAGUUAGGAUUCUGGUAUAUUCUCCUUUAGGGCAUAAGAUUCCGAAGUUCAGCUUUUUCCUCUAAGUCAGAGCCCAAGAGUUAAGAGAAUUCUAGUUUGGAUCCAUCUAUUUACUUAAUGGGAAACUGUCUUGAUGAAUGAGCAGUGCAGUGAUGGCUGCAGAAACUAUCACCUGGCUGUGAUAAAACAGAUUUCAUAGACAGAGCAGUUUUUGGUAGGGGUGUAGACUCCAGUGGCUUCAUGCUUCAUGCUUCAGGCACCAGACACACACCAGUGUCCUGUAGCAGGCAAUGCCUAUUGGAAGCAACACCCCGCAUAAGGGCCAUGGCUCUUGUAUUAGGCAAAGGUGCUAUAAAUUCAUGCAAGAAGGAACUUCCUACAGGAAAAGUGCUACACAUUCCUGAAGCAAGAGGGACCAUAGGGAGUCAAACAAGAUCACCUUAUAGUGGUAGUAGCAGGGUACCAACACCUCUUUUCUGAUUGUCUCUCUGCAAGGACUUGGUCUUUUGUUGCUGGCUUCCUUCUCCAGUCUUCCCCUUAUCCCUAAGACUUCAGGAGGAAUUUGUUGAGGAAAAGAUGCUGAGGGGCAGAAUUUUUAGCAGCAGGGGUAGCUAAAUGUUUACUUCAGUGGACUCUAGCCAGGCCUCUUUGUAACAUAAAUGAAGAGAGGUCACGAUAUUUUGAAUAGAACUUUUGUUAAACCAUUAGCAAAAAAUCCAAGGGCAUUUGUGUGGCAAAUUGUGAGUCAUUAGCUGGAUGUUUAUGGUUUAAAUGUUACAUUGUACUAAAUAUUACUUAAAUAUUAUAGCAGGAAAUAAUUGGCAAAAAAUAUCGCAUUACUUAACUUUCUUUAAAUCAAUGAUAUCUGAUUUUGAGGCCCUGUUCUGCUAGACUGGUGGAAAAUUCAGUAUCAAGUCAUUAUGGUUUCAUCACCCUCACCAACUAACCCCUUGUAUUCUUGCAUAAAGAAAAAGGUUGGUAGAGAACUCAUGUAGAAAAGAAGUGUUCAGGAGUGAAAAAUAAAACUGACUUUUUUUUUUUUUUGGCAUCCUCAAAAAAAAAAAAAGUUGGAGCAGUUUCUCCAGUCUUUGGUUUCCACUGGUUUCCACUUGUAUGUCCAUUGUCCAAGCUGGAUCCCUGGAGUCUGAGGGCUCUUCUGCAUCUGGACUAUGUUUUGCAUUGAAUUAUUGCUAAAAUUGGACACAGCCAUUCCCUCCUGGAGAUGGAGUGGGUCUUGGAAACAGCAGACCUCUGUUCUUUUCCUGGUCUUGAAACUGAGCCCUAAUACUGAAUCCAGACCCUAAUCGUUUUUUUUUCUAGUUUUAAGUGUCUUUCAGGAGUUAACAGCAUGCAUCCUCACAGUGCUCCAGAGACCACCAGACCAAGCCAGAUCAGACUGGUCCCAGAGCAUUAAGCAGACACAGUCAGCAGCUAAAUAACCCUAAGGUGACUUUGAGAGCACAGCAGAACCAAAAUUCAUGGAUCUCAAGUAGCACACAUGCUACUUUUACCUCCCAGAGCCCACUAAGAUGUAAGCAGUUUGUCAAUAAGGAAGAUUCGGUGCAGGGACCAAAUUUGGACACACAUAAGAUUGACAAAACAAACUGCCAGACAAAUUUCUUUGUUCUCUCACCCCCUCCACAUCCCUAACAUUGGAUGGAUUAGUUCCAAGACUACCCAAUCAGAUCCCUUGAAUUAGAAUUAAUAAAUAUGUAUAACCUCUCUUUACCUUCACCUCUUAAAAUUGAUCCCAAACCUUUGUUCAGGGAGACUAAUUUGAGCUUAGUCUCUGGUCUUCUCAUUUGUCUGGCCUGAUGAAUAAAUCUCUUUAUCUCUGCGAAAACCUGUCAUCUCAGACUUUUGGUUGCUCUGUGUGUGGCAGGGCAUUGAACUCACUGCCUUUGUUCGGUAAUAGUCAGGUAAUCUUCACCUCUCUGGCUGCUUCAGCCACAACUCUAUGUUCUGCUCCCCACCCCCUACAUGACUCACUUUUAGUUAGGAAUUUUUAUGUUUAGACCUUCCUACAUGGUUACUUUUGGUCUCUGAGUUUGUAAGGCCUGACAUGUCAGGUUUAGUAUAUGGCCCCCUUUUCAUCCACAAGUGUGUGAGGUGAGGGACACAAUACCAUGAAAUAGGUGAGGGUUGUAGCCUAGUAGGAAAGUACACAGAGGUACAUAUGUGUGUAGUCCUCUUUGGCAGGAAAAGUGGAUCAUUAAUUACCUGAACUGGUUUGGUUUUUGAAAUGAUUGAGGCACUGAUGCUAGAACAGAGACUAAAUUAUAUACACAUAUUCUAGAAAACCAGAUGAACAUCAGUGUUCAUUUGUGUACUCAAGACUGGCUACAUGCAUUGCAGGGCUCAGUAUAAAGUGAAAAUGCAGGGCCACUUGUCCAAAAAUUAUUCAUAAUUUCAAGAUAGAGGUGUGUCGCCACGCAGCAGCCUAACUGUUUGUUUCCUUGUACUUGCCCCCAAAGAAAAGAGAGUAAGACGGAUCCUUUCAGGGACUUUGCUAAACCUUUGUGUUUGCACCUUAUGUCUCUCUGUUUGGUCCCAGAAAGAUGGCUGGUCAGCCAAUGACGGGUACAACUUUCCACGUGGAAAGCGACCUAAGACAGGCGGAGCCGAGUGGGGACCAAAAGGAGAACCCACAGGGUUCGUAGAGGUGGGCACAGCCCCCCACCUUCCUCAGGCUAAGGAAAGCCUCUGCCUCUGUGGCUGCAUUCCCUCCCAAAACCUGCAAGGGAAGUGAUUCAA